AUGCCUAUGACGUGGAACGCUGAUACGGACGCGAAGCUAUUCGCAGCUGUCCUCGCGACCUCUGAUGUCAAAGUCAAUCACGCAGCCGUAGCUCAAAUCAUGGGUCCUGAGUGCACCGCCAAAGCGGUUAUUCACCGGAUCAAUAAUAUCAAGAUCAAAGCGACAAAGGCCGACGCAACUACUGUAGAAGGCACUCUACCUGCUUCUGCAAAGACUCCAACUCCAAAACGCGGUCGUAAGGUGAAGACGGAAGCUGACGAGGAGGAGUCCCCGACCAAGAAAACUAAGACUGCUGCGGCUCGAAAGACCAAAACCAAGGCUCCAGUCAAGAUGGAACCAGCUGAAGACGAACAGCCCAAGGUCGAGAAUGUUACCGAUGGCAAUAACUAGGUGAACAAGCUUCACAGAACUGUUGUGAUUGGAUUUCUUUUCCUCGACUCAAACCGAGGAGUGUGCUGUGGACGAGAUGGUGAUCUCAGUGGUCAAUGAGAAAUGCUUGCGGAAAAUCAUGGCAUUGUCUCAAGCC